CUCACCUGUCUGGUAGGUUCUCUUGGAGGCAACUAUAUAACUGUGAUGACACCUUCUUUAGACUUCAGAAUCAGAAGGUUGCUAUUUGGAUUAACCCUGGAUUUUAGACUUUACUGAAGAGAUAAUUAAAAAGGCUAUUGCCUAAAGAACAGCAAUGGAGCGGAGAAAUAUUUUUGGUCUUCUGUAUAUUUGCUCAUCUAUAUUUUCUCUAAUCGCAACUCAGAAUACAACAGACUUUACUAACAGCAGCAACCUCACAACUGCAUCUCCGAAUAACAGCAACCUCACAACUGCAUCUCCGAAUAACAGCAACAUCACAACUGCAUCUCCGAAUAACAGCAACAUCACAACUGCAUCUCCGAAUAACAGCAACAUCACAACUGCAUCUCCAAAUAACAGCAACAUCACAACUACAUCUCCGAAUAACAGCAACAUCACAACUACAUCUCCGAAUAACGGCAACAUCACAACUGCAUCUACUAUUAGCACCACCACUUCAACUGCAUCUACUAUUAGCACCACAACUGCACCUGUUACAAAGUUUAAUCUAAUUUUCAGCAUUAGUGAGACAUUCAUUGCUGUCUACUCAAAUUUGAAUGAUCCUGAAACCAUAAAGCUGAAAGAUCGCAUCACCACUGGGUUUUUCAAAGUUUACCAGACCCGCUUUCAAAACUUUGUUCGCAUGGUUAUUCUGCGAUUCAGGAGCGGCUCCGUUGUGACAGAUAGUGUCCUUGAAUUUAACAACAAUGGCACUAUCCCUAAUGUGUCAGAUGUGACAAACACCUUAGUUCAGGCAGCUACAAAUGGAAGUUUCAACUUCACAGUUGACACAAACUCCAUCAAUAUUACAGAACUUGCUGUAACUCAGAAUGUGACCUCAACUACAACAUUCACUAGCAGCAUCACAACUGCAUCUCCAAACAACACCAACAUCACAACUGCAUCUCCAAACAACACCAACAUCACAACUGCAUCUCCAAAUAACACCAACAUCACAACUGCAUCUCCAAACAACACCAACAUCACAACUGCAUCUCCAAAUAACAGCAGCAACACAACUGCAUCUCCAAAUAACAGCAGCAUCACAAAUGCAUCUCCAAAUAACAGCAGCAUCACAACUGCAUCUACUAUUAGCACCACCACUUCAACUCCACCUGUUACAAAGUUUAAUUUAAGUUUCAGCAUUAGUGAAACAUUCAUUGCCAUCUACUCAAAUUUGAACGAUCCUGAAACCAUAAAGCUGAAAGAUCGCAUCACCACUGGGUUUUUCAAAGUUUACAAGACCCGCUUUCAAAACUUUGCUCGCAUGGUUAUUCUGCGAUUCAGGAGCGGCUCCAUUGUGACAGAUAGUGUCCUUGAAUUUAGCAACAAUGGCACUAUCCCUAAUGUGUCAGAAGUGAGAAACACCUUAGUUCAGGCAGCUACAAAUGGAAGUUUCAACUUCACAGUUGACACAAACUCCAUCAAUAUUACAGAACUUGCUGUAACUCAGAAUGUGACCUCAACUACAACAUUCACUAGCAGCAUCACAACUGCAUCUCCAAACAACACCAACAUCACAACUGCAUCUCCAAACAACACCAACAUCACAACUGCAUCUCCAAAUAACAGCAGCAACACAACUGCAUCUCCAAACAACACCAACAUCACAACUGCAUCUCCAAAUAACAGCAGCAUCACAACUGCAUCUCCAAAUAACAGCAGCAUCACAACUGCAUCUACUAUUAGCACCACAACUGCACCUGUUACAAAGUUUAAUUUAAGUUUCAGCAUUAGUGAAACAUUCAUUGCUGUCUACUCAAAUUUGAAUGAUCCUGAAACCAUAAAGCUGAAAGAUCGCAUCACCACUGGGUUUUUCAAAGUUUACAAGACCCGCUUUCAAAACUUUGCUCGCAUGGUUAUUCUGCGAUUCAGGAGCGGCUCCGUUGUGACAGAUAGUGUCCUUGAAUUUAACAACAAUGGCACUAUCCCUAAUGUGUCAGAUGUGAGAAACACCUUAGUUCAGGCAGCUACAAAUGGAAGUUUCAACUUUACAGUUGAUACGAACUCCAUCAAUAUUACAGAACUUGCUGUAACCCAGAAUGUGACCUCAACUACAACAUUCACUAGCAGCAUCACAACUGCAUCUCCAAAUAACAGCAACAUCACAACUGCAUCUCCAAAUAACACCAACAUCACAUCUGCAUCUCCAAAUAACACCAACAUCACAUCUGCAUCUCCAAAUAACAGCAGCAUCACAACUGCAUCUACUAUUAGCACCACAACUGCACCUGUUACAAAGUUUAAUGUAAUUUUCAGCAUUAGUGAAACAUUCAAUGCUGUCUACUCAAAUUUGAACGAUCCUGAAACCAUUAAGCUGAAAGAUCGCAUCACCACUGAGUUUUUCAAAGUUUACAAGGCCCGCUUUCAAAACUUUGUUCGCAUGGUUAUUCAGCUAUUCAGGAGCGGCUCCGUUGUGACAGAUAGUGUCCUUGAAUUUAACAAUAAUGGCACUAUCCCUAAUGUGACUCUAGUGGCAAGAACUCUUGUUCAGGCAGUUAAAGAUGGAAAUUUCACCUUCACAAUUGAUGUUAACUCCAUCAACGUUACAGACUCUUCAGGGAACAGUUCUUCCAGGUCUCCAGUCUUGGCCAGUAUGCUCACAGCUUUGUGGAUGACCCUCACAUCAUUUCUAUUGUCAGCUGUAAUGCACCUCUAAGCAUCACAUUCACACAAAGAAACAAACAAAUCACAUUUACUCAUUUAAACGUACCAAUACAAGACGAUCAUGUCAUCUUUGAUCUUUUAGUUUCUAUGCUACAAUUUAUAACUGGCUUUGUUAUGCAAGAUUGUAAAUGGAUUGAAAAUAUGAUAUUUACUGCUUAUUUAAAGUCAAUGUGAAAUUGAAACUUCCUUUCUUAAUGCACAUUUCUGGCCUUAUUUUUGAACUAUUUAUCCAUACAUGGCAUUCCAAAGAAAGAAAGUAUUGAUCUUCAUAUUUAUUUAUCAAAAUAUAAUAGCUUGUUUUGCCUUUAUUGGAUGUGGAGAAAGGAGGAAUAAGGUCACAGCUGUGUUCGAGGCAUUUCACUCGUGAAUGCUUCCAAACUUUUUGUCAAGACAAAAUUGGGAUCGCUGGCAUAUUCCAUGUACUACAAUAUUUUAGUAAAAAAAUACAUGUACUGUAAGUAAAUAAUGCUGUUUAUUAAUAUGUGUUAUAUUGAUUUAUAUAUAAAUAAAAAAAAAGGUUAAAUAUCA